AUGGUUACCAGCCCAUUGACCAGUAGCGACCAAGCUACUAUAUCCAAGGCACCCGCAUCUACCGAGGCUGCUGGAGCCAUUCCGGUUUCUCCUGCUCCUGCAUCGAGGUCCGAUAACCUGGAUGACAUGUUCUCGAAUAUCCCUCCUACAAUCGGGGAAGCCACCGGGUUUGUCCAUCUUCUUAUAUCUAGGGCCACGAGGACGGCUAGCCGGUCCACUGAAACGGGUGCUAGGGACACCCUUGCAGGUCUUGAUGCAGGUAUGAUAGUCCACCAGUGUUUAUCCGAGCAACAUGAUCAGGUGCAUCCAAGGUUGUACGGUGACACCUGGACUCAUUUGUUUACCAUGUGGACAGUGCAUGGCUAUCAAAAAACAGGGUGCUACAGCACCCAAUGUCCAGGAUUUAUUCAAUUAAGUCGUUUAAUACCUAUAGAUUAUUCUUUUCCAAGGACCUCCGACAUAGAAACUGAUUACAAAGAAGUGCUUCUCAGGGUUUAUCAGACGGAAGAUUUCGAUUAUCAUCUUGUACUGCCGACAAUUGACGAGGAGAUAGGAAUGUGGAACUGGCAAGUGUUCGACAGAUUGAGUGCAGAUGCAGCGAACUUAGUGCAACACGGAGGGAAAGUGUACACACCAGCAGGUGAAGAUAUUAGCCCUCCUAUGGGAAAUGGCCAAUUUAGGGGAGGACAUUGGCAGCUAACCAGCUAUAUGCGCAAAGUCUUAUAUGAAAUAGAAGUAAAUGACCACAAACAAGAAGUUCCACCAGAUGACUCUAAGGUUGAACCUCAUGAAUCAAGGUGUUUUUACGAAGGAAAUCAUUAUAAUGCGAAAGAUGGCUACUGGGACUAUAACUUCUUAUUUGGGAGUGCAGGUGGCGGAGAUCAAAGUGAAUUUUGUCAGUAUUAAAAGAAGGGGAAAAGAAAAAAAAUCAAUACCUAGCAACGUCAUCUCUUGCACCUCUAUUUUUGCUUGAAUGACAAAGGCUUUCAUUUGGUUCUGAUUGUUUUUUCUUUGAUUGUUAUUGCAUAUCGCCUACUUGUUCUAUAGAAAACUAAGUGCAUAUCAAUUAUUAUGUAUCAUCUACGUCAUA